CCUCGUUGAGAGUCUGAGGCGUAAAGCAGCCGCGAUGCGGCGAGAAUGUGUGUCAAGUGUGUGGUGUGGCGACAGACUGCGUUCGUGUGUUCCGUGUCAUGUUAUACCUCUCCCAGAUACAGGCACAAAACACUGGGUACUAGAUGGUGACAGUGUUCAGAAUCUCCCGAACGGGCAGGUGACGGCUCGGCCGGAGCAGCUGCAGCGGCUGCUGUCGCUGGAGGCGGGGUCCGCGGUGGGGGCGGCGCGGCGGCCCAGCUGCCGGCCGGGGGCGGCGUCGGCGGCGGCGUCGCGGCUCAAGGUGCCGCUGCGCGCGCUGCGGCUGCUGCUGCUCGCCGUCGCACUGCCCGCGGCGCUGGUGGCGGCGCCGCUCUACAUGCGCUACCGCGUCUACGGCGACCAGCUCUACCCGGCCGCCGCCUCCGACAUGCGCGUCAUCGACGCCCGCGUCUCCACCACCUGGUGCCAGAGGCAGCUGGUGCGCGUCAACAGGACUUUCAACGCUUUCCUGAUGCCAGAGCUGCCCCAGAUCCGAGCGCAACCAGUGCGUCUUUCCAUGGUGCGGCAUCUGGAACUCGACGAUGACUUCAAGGAGUACUGGGCCUACUACCUGCUCAAGGGUUCCUCCAUCACCGUUUCCACCUGUGCCAGAUGGCCUGGUGCCUCACUGAUUGUGAUCCGCGGACAUAAGCACCUGCACGAGUGUGCAUACAUUGGUGAUGACUCUUCAGAGGAAGAAGAGGAGCAGCUGCUACAGGAGGCAGCAGAACAGGGGGUGCCAGCAGCAGUCACCACCAGCCCCUUGUCCUUGCCCCAGGCCACCCCUGCAAGGGCACCCCAGUCCAAGGGUGAGGACGAUGAUGACAGCCCUGCCAAUUCACCCAGUGUAAUGCGCAGGCUUCGUCCAGGUGUAAUUAUUCACAAGAAACCUGGUCCAAUUGCACAACAUGAACUUAUAAACCAUUCUGAUGAUGCUGAUCACCAUUAUGAGCCUGAGGAGGACUUGCACAAAGUUGCUCACAAUUUAAUACAUGCAGGUGUCAGAGUGAUUCCACCCCCAAAGUCAAAGUUGAGAGCUACAACAAAUAAACCAAAACGGUCAUCAGAGAAAUCAGCUGGCAUAUCCACUCAAGUCACAGAUGAUGAACAUAAAAUCAGGCACAACCAGGCCAGAUCUUCAACAACCAGCAUGUGGGAAAACUCACAGUCCAGUGCAGAGGCAACACCAGCCACUAGGAGCACUGCUGCAAUACAAAACGUUUCAGCAACUUCCAAUCAGCUAACAGGGGGCCAGAAUAUAAAAAAUGUUUCAUCUUCCAUAACACCAUAUCUACAUAUAGAUACUAAAAUCCAGACAUCAGUAUCCAAUGAUACUGGAGGUCAGCCAACAUCAGCAGAGAUAUUUGAAGAAGUAUUGCAUAAAAUACAACAGCUUGGACCACGUGGCGAGAAGGUAUUAAGGCGACUGAACAAGCAGCUUGGUGGUGAUGAAGAAGGAGAAAAAUUGCGUACGGUGCUCAAACAGAUGUUAGAGAACUAUGAUAAAAAACAUGGUUAUGUGCCAACAAGUGGACAGCAGAACCCUCAAAACAGAACUCGUCGGGAAACUGCUCUUCAUACAAGUAAACUGCAUGAGAUAAUUGCAAAUGUUGUCCAUCAAAAGAAGGAAGGCUCUUUGGACCAUACUAGCACUAGUGAGGAAAAGAUACGUUCACGACGACAUUUGAAAUUGGCUUCAGAGCUCAUUGAUGAUGAUGCAGAAGCUGAUGCUGGCAUUGAAGAAAUCGACCUGGUGCCUGAUGGCUUUGCAGAUCACCAUGCUGUAAUAAAUGAAACAGACCCACUAGACAUGUCAAAUUCAGAAUUCUGGUCAUCAUUCUCAAGCAGUGAAGAAGCAUUACUCAACUGUGCAGGGCUUGUGCUCAAUUUACCACUCACACCAAGUAGGCUCUGCAAUGCUAGUGAAUCUGAAGAGUCUCUCAACAAAGCAGGACUGCAUAACACAUUGACUUAUAUCAUUCCAGCCACUGGUUAUUACUUCUUUGUAUUCAACAGUGAAAAUGAAGUACAAACCAACUAUAUGAGGGCAUACUUCCAACUGGAGAAGAGAGUCUACAAUGUUUCAUAUGCCCUGGAUGCAUGUGUCAAUUCAACAGAAGCAUGUUCUCUGCCACUAGACUUCUGGUCAAAUGAGAAGGUAGUCCUGGAGCUACCAGCACCUUUGAAACCAAAUGAUUCAGAAUGGAACAAUGAAUAUGUUAUUCAGUCCACAUGUGAACCUCGCACUGCCCUUUACUUGGUUUGUGUAAUAGCUGUCCCCUUGCUCAUUCUGAUUUUUGCAUUCCAGUAAAUAGCACAAUAUUUUUCUCUACAGAAACCUGUGGGAAAUGCAGUGAUUUUAGUAUACAGGCAAUGAGUGUAUCAUCACAACUUCCCAUUAAAAAAAAAUUGAGCACAGGGAACAUCUUAAGUUGUUCUACAUAACCAUUCAAUAAAUUGUCAUUUUGAGUACGUUUACUAGUAAAUGAGAAGAUAAAAUGCAUUUUAUCAUCCUCCAUGCAUUGAUAAACUAUUAUUCUGUAUAGUUUUUGAAAUAUUUACAUGAUAGAAUUUAACCCAUCAACUUUAUUUUGCAUUUUACUUCACUGGCAUUUCUAUUUUAUCAUCAUAUUUCAGUCUUCAUAAAUAACUGGAAAUAUGGCAAUGAAACAGAUACCACACUUGAAUUUCUACUUGCUCUGUUACUGUAUGAAAAGAUAAUAUUAUCAUAGUGUCAAUGGCAAUUUUUUUAAUUUUAUAUUAGGUACUGCCAUUGUAUCAGUAAUAAAGGUUGGACUGAUCUGUAUGUGUUUUUAUAAAACUUAUAGUUAAAUUGUUGUUUGAAACAUAAAGUAGGAGUUUUUGGCUGAGCAUUACAUUUUUCAAAAAUAUUAAAAAUUUACAGGAGAGACUACAAAUUAUUAAAAAAAAAUAAAUGUACUUUCUGUGAAAUGUAUUUGUAACAGAACUACCUUCUUUGAUAAUGUAUUGCUUUUCCCAGAAUUAUACCUAUAAGGCUAUUGAAGAACAUAAAUUUCCUUUCAAAUGAGUAAUAGUGAAUAUUUUUAAUGAUUUUAAUAAAAGAAACCAAAGUGUAUAACAUUAAUGGAAAUUGGAUUUCUCACAUUUGAGAGGAAUGAAAUGUCAAACACAGACAUUAAUAACUAAGUACUGAAUGUCAGUCUCAUACACAGAAGAGAAUGUGCAUUUGAUGAGAUCAUGGUAAGAAUUUUUAACCUUAGAAGAGAGAGAGAGAGAGAGAGAGAGAGAGAGAGAUAUUUUAAGAAAUCAGCCAUAAGCAUAAAAUCCCUCACAGAAGGAUUGAUUGAUUGAUUGACAUGUUUAUUCAUCCGUAUAACAAUACAGAUUGCAUGCAAGUUGUCAAUUGUUUCUUAUGAACUAAAACAUAUAUGGGUUCUUACAAUUUUUACAGUUCAAUUCUUACAAGUAAAAUACACUGCUGUAGAGUGAGAGAGAAAUUCUUUUUAAGAAGUCAGCCAUAUUCAUAAAACCGCACAGAAGGAGUAAAAUAUAUGUUGUGAGAACACACAACCUGAUAUUCAGAAAUGAUGCAAAGCUGAGAGUUAUCCAGUCAAGUACAACAUCAAGCCUGUGUCAUAAAUGAUAUGUAGCCUGAAGAAACCAUAUUUCUGCUUUGACAGAUAGUCAUUGACAACCUUAAUAACACUGUUCUCCCACUCAAUCCUGCAUGAAACUGAAAUGCUACAUAACCGAUCUUGUGUGCCUUGUAUUCAAUGAAUGCAUUGAUUCUCAUUUUACUAAUUUUAAAACUUUCUCACUAGAUUUUUAAAACUUCCAAAUCUCACAAUUAUUGUCAUUUUCAUUUGCAAUAAUUUCGGCCUCUCUCUCUCUCUCUCUCUCUCUCUCUCUCACUCACACACACACACACACACACACACACACACACACACACACACACACACACAAAUAUUUUCAGUGGACAACCAUAGGUGAGCAAAAUACAAAGUAAUAGAAGAAAAACAGAGUAACUUCAUUAUCUUUAUCUGUUCAGUCCUGUGUUAACUAAAUGGCAUGUGCCCUACCUUUCUGUUAUUAGAGUUUUCCAUUAUUGUUUACAGUUUUAGGAUCAAAAGUUCAUUUUACCUGCCUUUAUGAUAUUGUCACUUGUUGGCAUAUUACUGUAUGGGUUUUGACUUUUCUGUCAUCUAAGGCAUUUGUUUCCUUCAGGCUCCUGUUAAAUUUAUGUAAAUAUGGAAGAUAAUUGUUAAGACCUUUUAUUCCUUGAACAAUUUCCAGUUCAGACAGGCGAACAAAUACUUUUUGAGCUAAUUCAGCUGAAUUAGCUGAAAGCAAUUUCCUAAUCUAGUCAUUUUAUUGUCUGUAGGCCAAAAUGGAAAUUUUCAGGUAAAUACCAAGACACCCCUCAUUUAAACUUCAUUUGUAAUUUCAUUGAGAAACAUACUCUACAAUUCUUAAUCUUUUAUAAAUUUCAUUUGUUAUGAAGAGAAUGAUUUUAAUCAUGUGUGCACUGGGUUUGAAUAUAUUUUAGAAGUGAAGAAUGGGAUAUAACAACUAUUAUAAGAAUCGGAAUGGCUGAUUUUUGUUCUGAAGAUCUCAAAAGACUGUUCAGAUUUAGUACAUAUGAACUACAGUUUCUUUUAAGCUACCUCUGUGAUAAGUGUGAUAGUGUAUUUAAGUGAAUGAAUGAGAUGUUAUGACUUAAGCUUAUAAGUGUACCUGCAUUCACAUAUUAACAAUGGAUUUACUCAUAAGUGUGUCAUAUAUCUGUGAAAGUAUCUUUUAUACUUGGUUGUAAAAUAAAUAUUUAAAUCUUUUAUUUUUCUUGAAUAUUUAUUGGCCUCCAUUAGCUUACCUCCUGUAGUCACAAAUAAUAUUGAUUAUAAUUGUCAGUUAUGCACUAACAGCUGGUAUUCUCGGCAAGUAAAAUAAUUCCAGAAGUAUAUUGAAAUUAUUCUUUUUUGAUGAUCUAUUGCACUGCACCUCACACAUGUGUCAGUGCUGUGCUUAAAAUUUGACUGCUACCAAGAGACAUAGAUACUUAAUUACAUGUCAUGAGGAAAGAAAAACUAAGGUAUUAGCAUCCCUUCAAGUUAUAGCACAAUUUAUUUAAGUAUUCAUCAUUAAU